AUGAAUAUUAACAAUAAUAAUAAUAAUAAUAAAAAGGAUGAAAAUGAUAGUAAAUGUAAUAUUCAUCAAAAUGAAAUUAUAAGUUUUUGUGAAAAUUGUAAUAAUAUGCCAUUAUGUUUGAAAUGUAUGUGUAAUGAUGAGGGAGAGAAUAAUGAAACGAUUAAUCAUAAAGGUCAUAGUUUUUUAUCAAUAUGUUACAAAAAAAUUGAAUCAAUAUUUAAAGAUUUUAAAAAUAAACACUUAAAUACUUUAUCAAGCUUUAUGGAUUUAGAUGAUUUUUUAAUGCAACAAUUAGAUGAUUGUAUGGAUUUAUUAACAGAAAGACAUGAUUCAACCAUAAAGAGAAUUAAUAAUCAAUUUAGACAACUUCAUAAUCUCUUAUCAAUAGUUGAAUUAGAUUUAAUAAAACAAUGUAAUAGUUUUUUAGAAUCAAAUCGUAUUAAAUGUUUAAAAAAUAAAUCAGAAUUAGAAAAUGACAAAAUUGUUAUAAAUAAUUUAUUAAAAAAAUAUAAUAAUAAUAAUAAUAAUAAUAAUAAUAAUAAUAAUAAUAAUAAUAAUAAUAAUAAUAAUAAUAAUAAUAAUAAUAAUAAUAAUAAUAAUAAUAAUAAUAAUAGUGAUAAUUAUUGUAAUGAAGAAAAUAAUAAUGAUAAAGAAAAUUUAAAUUUAAUUUCAAUAUUAAAAGAUAAUCAAAUUUCAAAUGAAAUAAUUUCACGUAGGAAAUAUAGCAAUUUUAAUUUAUUUAAUGAUUUUGAUAUUUCAUUUAAUAAAGAAUCAAUAGAUUUAUUUAAUAGUUCAAUUAAAUCAAUUACAACCAUUGAUAUUAAACCAUUUGAAGAUAGAAAAAAUUUAAAACAUUUAAUGAUUAAUAAACAAUUAAAAUUAAAUGAUAUUAUUUUUAAAAUUGAUAAUAAUGAAACAAUAAUUCAAAAUGAUUAUAGUAAAUUAUCAAUUGGAAAUAAUUGUAAUUUAGAAUUAAUAAAAAUACCAAAAAAUAUAAAAAAAUUAAUAAUUUGUGAUGGAUAUAAAUAUGAAAUUGGGGAAGGAGUAAUACCAAAAUCAAUUGAAAAAUUAUAUAUUGGUGAUAUUGAUAAACCGUUGACAAAAUUUUCAAUACCAGACAAUGUUAAAUUUUUGAAUAUAAAAUGUGGUUAUAAAUUUAGUUUAGAUCAAGGUAUAAUUCCAAAUUCAAUUCAUUCUUUAUACAUUGGUGAAAUUAAAGAACCAUUAUCAAGACAAUCAAUACCAGAUAGUGUACGUUGGUUAUACUUUUUAAAUGAUUUUAAUCAUCCAAUAACUUCAAAUAUGAUUCCAACUAGAAAUAGUUUAUGUAAAACCUUAUUAGAAUCGGUCCAUAUUCAUAAAAUAAAAUAUCCACUAACAAACAAAUCACUACCUAAUGACAUAAAAGGUUUAUGUUUUAAAGAUGGUUUCGAUCAAGAGAUAACAAGUGAAAUCAUACCACAAUCAGUUGAAAGACUUCAUAUAUUUGAAAUUAAAUCAACUAUUUCCUCUGUUAAAUUACCAUUAAACUCAAUUAAAUUUCUUUAUUUAUAUGAUGGAUUUAAUCAAAAUAUUUCAUCCGCUAUAAUUCCCUCCUCAGUUCAUACACUUUAUAUAGCUAAUAUUAAAUCAAUCAUUGGACAGCUACCAAACAAUAUUAAACAUUUCUAUAUUGAUGGUGGACCUGACCAACAAUUAAUACCGGGUUUAAUUACAGAUAAUGUGGUUUCAUUAUUUCUUUAUUCUUUAAAAUAUCCACUUUUAAUUGGUUCAAUUCCAUUGUCUGUAACAUAUCUUAGGCUUGGUAAUGGUUUCAAUCAACCCUUAAUCUCUGGAAUCAUUCCAAGUUCUGUUCAAAAACUUGGAAUGUAUGAUAUUAAAUACCCACCAAAACCAGGCUCAAUACCAAACUCUGUCACUGAAUUAUUCCUAUGUGGUAGAUUCUCUCAUUCAAUAGAUGAAAAUGUUAUACCAAGAUCUAUUUUAUUUUUACAUUUAUAUAAUAUUAUAAAACCUAUACCCUCCAAUUCAAUCCCUUAUGUUAAAUGGUUAUAUUGUUAUGAUGACUUUUCUCAUAAAUUGGAUAUUAGUUUUUUACCAAACUCAAUUGAAAAAUUAAUUCUAUACGAUAUUAAACAACCAAUUGAUGUUGGUUCACUAUCUCAUUGUACCAAUAUCUCUGAAAUUCAAUUAAAAGGUUACAGUCAUCCAAUAACUCAACCAAACAUCCUGCCAAACACUUUGAAAAAAUUAUUUAUUUAUAAUCUUAAAAAAGAAAUCACUACAAAUUCGUUACCUUCAUCUUUAAAAGAAUUACAUUUAUGUGAUGGUUUCAACCCAAAUUUAUUAGAUUUAGAUUCAAUUCCAAGUUUUAUUGAAAUUAAUAAAACUUUUAUGAUGAAUUAG